AUGCGCACAAGAACUGCUAGUAUUACCUUUAUCAUUACAAUUAUUGGAGUUUGGUCGGGAUUAUACUCAACCACUGUCUCAUGUGCUUUCUCUCAUCGAUUCAACAUAAAUCUAGCUUGGGAAGAAAAUUGUGAGAUGACGAUUGGCAUAGAUCCUGGAACAACCUAUUCUUGUGUAUGGAUCGAUGGUAGAGAAGGCGGCAGUGACAGACCAGUCAUUCAAGUCGAGUACAAGGGUAUACCAUGUUUAAAUAAAAAAAUAUUUAUAAAAUAA